AUGGCGUCUACAUGUACGGACCCGUCGGGCUCGGCUGCCGCGGCUGGUGCCUCAACCACUUCCUCCUAUUCUACGGCCGUUUCUAAAAUCCCGGGACGAUCCAGUCUUCCCGACGAAGCGGCCUUGAACCCGCAUCACAUCAUCAAGGCCGGCAGAGUGUCUGGAUUCAAGAACCCGUACCCGUCGUGGUCGAAUCCGGCAAACUUGACUUCCAUUCUAAAGAAUGUAGUUUGGCCCACGAUAACCGGCCAACUCAAACGACCAGACACAUCACCACCCACCGUGCCCGUCCAAACCCCCGAAUGGCUCCCCAGCCGCACAGCGUCGGACAAGCUGCGCGCGACGUGGCUCGGCCAUGCCUGCUACUACGUCGAGUUCCCUUCGGGCCUGCGCGUCCUCUUUGACCCCGUCUUCGAGGACCGCUGCUCGCCCUUCAGCUUCAUGGGACCCAAGCGAUUCACCCAACGGCCAUGCGAGCUCCAGGACAUCCCCGUCAUCGAUGCCGUCCUCAUCAGCCACAGCCACUACGACCACCUCUCGCACAAGUCGGUCCUCGAAAUCCAGAAACACCACCCCGACGUCCAAUUCUUCGUCGGCCUCGGCCUGGAGACGUGGUUCCGCAAGUCCGGGCUCAACAACGUCACCGAGCUCGACUGGUGGGAGGACGCCGACCUCAACGUCAAGGUCAAGACGGGCGAAGAGGAAGAGACCUUGUCCGCGAGGGUCUCGGCCCUCCCCUGCCAGCACACCUCGGCGCGGUCCCUCUGGGACAAGGACACGACGCUGUGGUGCUCGUGGGCCGUUAAAUCAGGCGACAAGUCCGUCUGGUUCGGAGGCGACACGGGAUACCGCGCUGUUCCGGCCCUGCCCGCGGGCACCGACGACUACGGACCCGAGUAUGAGGCGCUGCCGCGGUGCCCGCAGUUCAAGCAGAUUGGCGAGCUACGCGGGCCCUUUGAUCUGGGCCUGAUCCCCAUCGGCGCGUACUAUCCGCGCGUGGCGUUUUCCGCCAUGCACGCCAAUCCUUUUGAUUCCGUCGAGAUCUUUGUCGAUACCAACUGCGAGAGAGCCAUGGGCAUUCACUGGGGCACCUGGGCCUUGACCAUGGAGGAGGUUCUCGAGCCGCCCAAGCUGUUGAGGGAGGCGCUGAAGAGGAAAGGGCUACAGGAGACGGGCGUUUUUGAUAUAUGCGAUAUUGGCGAGAGCAGGGAGUUUUGA